CACUCAGCUGAGGUUGGACUGUGCCGCUUAAAGUGGUUACACUUAUGAGCUCAGGACGCACGGAACGGAGUCGCAGGGCGCACAGUCUCUCUCCUUUUAUUGACUUUUGACACAUCAAGAGUGUUUUCCCCCCAUAUGCUGACUUUUACACCCAGUCCCGUCUCCGUAUCCUGUCGGGUAAAUUCACCGUGCUGUUCCGCUGUGGCGAUGGAGAGAAACCGGCGCGACAGCGAGAGGUCCUGCUCCAGCCUCUUGGAGCACCACGACCUGGAGGCUGCAGAAGCCCUGGUCUGCAUGAGCUCAUGGGUGCAAAGGCCAGCACACAAACCGCGCCCCCUCACUCCAACCUCAGACUCCUGUGACUCCCUGGUGCUACAUCCCGAAGUCACAGAGUCCCCCAAAGACAUGGUGUCACUCUCCUCACUGUGUAUGACUCCACCUCAUAGCCCCAGCUUCGCCGAGACCUCAACCACCACUGUCCAAACCUUCUCAGGCCCACGCUCAGUCUUACCGCAGACCAGGCUUUGCUCAGCUCUACCAGGCAGGAGCGGCAUCAGCCACCCUGGUCCACAGCCAGACUCAGCCAUCUCCUCCACCACCACCAACACCUCUGCAGCUCUGAUGGUACCACAGGAGACCACCGCCGCUGGGUCACAAUGCAGAGCCAUGGCAACCAGUGUUAUCCGCCACACAGCAGACAGACCAUUCACUGCCGUCAUUCCAGCAGAGUCUGCUGCCGGGCAACAACAGGUGAGGCUGGUGGAGAUGGAGAGCCAGGGACAGCAGCAGCACCACCAAGGGGAAACCAGAGCCACCAUCUCCCCAGUCUUCACCAUGGCACCUCAGCAGCACACCGAGCCACAGGACAGCACCUGGGCUGCUCCAACGCCGAUGGAGGUGGUUCACAGACUGCCACAGGAAACGCAAGGCCUCCCUGUUGCCACAGCACCAUCUCCAGUCUCGCCCCCCCAGGUCUUGCCGCCGCCACCACCACCAUCGGCCGUGCCUAGCCCUCCUGUCCUCUGCCAGGUCUUUCCAGUGAACGGCCAAACAGGACUCAUCUCUGCGUUCGUCCAGGCGCCGGUUCAGAUGCAAGCUGCCUCCUCCGUCGCCGCCGCGGGCGGUCCCAAGCCGAUCCUUCCCCAGUCCUCCACUCCGUUCCCACAGCAGGUUCUGGUGAGCUCCCCCGUGGGCCAGGGCACGGUGAUGUUCGUGGUUCCUCAGUCUUCCAUGUCCCAGCCACAGCCGGGCCCCCAGAGCGUGGUCACCCUGGGCAACACCAAGCUCCUCCCCCUGGCCCCGGCACCCGUCUACAUGCCCUCGGGUCAGAGCGGAGGCGCGGCGCAGGCUGACUUCUCGCGCCGGCGAAACUACGUCUGCAACUUCCCCGGUUGCAAGAAGACCUACUUCAAGAGCUCUCACUUGAAAGCACACCUCAGAACCCACACAGGAGAGAAACCGUUCAGUUGUCACUGGGAGGGCUGUGACAAGAAGUUUGCACGUUCGGACGAACUCUCUCGGCACCGGCGCACACACACGGGCGAGAAGAAGUUUGUGUGUCCAGUGUGCGACCGGCGCUUCAUGCGGAGCGAUCACCUGACCAAGCACGCCCGGCGGCACAUGACCACCAAGAGGGCCUCAACGUGGACCUCAGAAGUUCGUGACCUCAACAAAAUGGCCGGUGCCAAGGCACCGCCAACCAACUCCUCUGUUCCUCUCAGCGUACUUGUACCCGUCUCAAACUAGACAAACAUGUCUUAGGCUCCACGAGCCACCUCAGGACAGCAUCCCAUUGAACAUUAUAUCACGGGAGAACACAAGUGACAAAUAAAAUACAAAAUGGCUGCUACUACCCCCUCAAACGUGGACAGAAACUGACUUUGCACUGGAUUUUUAAAAAUACAUCGUUGUUUAUACUUUCUUUAUAUAGAUUUUUUGUUUACUUUUGUACAAGUAAUGUUUUCUCAAAACAUAUGCACUCUUUUUGCCAAAGCCUUCGCAUUUACAGUAUGAUAUCUGUUACUCCUCAUCUAUAUCUGUAUAUUUGUAUAUAUAAUAUCUAUAUAUGAAUGUAAUGUGUACUCCAUCUUGCAUUUAUUGACAAUAUAUAAAUACAUAAAUGUUAUUGAUGUGCUUAAGUCUGUAAGUGGACAGUAUUCAUAUAUGUGGUACUAUCUACUGUCUUGUCUUGCUUUGCAUUAUUUAAUAAACAUUUGUUUGUAAAA